AUGCAUGCAUGCAGAAGUGAUUGUACAGGGGUGAUUAUAUAUGUGUUGUAUAGGAAGAAGAGAACUUGUAUCAGUUUUGUAAGCUCUAUUUCUGUGAUGGACUGGAACUCCACUGCAUCUGAGGGGAACUGGGAGAACAUAGCAGGGUUAAGUGCCAAGACAAAUGGCAUUCCAAAACAAGUACAACUGUUGUGCCAUGAGAUAGAGGGAGAUGGAGCAAUUGAUAAAGCGAUAACCUAUUCAUCCGGCGGUGUUGGUUUCUCAGGAUCUGAUUUUUGGCACGGCUCUUCAUCCAAGAGUUCAGUUUCACCCUCUGUUGACUCUUCACUGAAGGAGGGAAUCAAGACUUAUAGCACUAUAGAUGGUUUUCCUGGAGAUAUCAUUAGAAAGAAAGACUUUUCCAGGGUAGAGAGUACUGAGAAUAUUCCAUCUCUGGGUGCUUCUGCUAACUCUAGUGAACCAAUAAUUGGCUUGAAGCUUGGUAAACGGACGUACUUUGGAGACAUUUGUACAACCAGCACUGCUAAAUCAUCAUCUUCAUCCAUUGUUUCCACUUCUUGUACUGCUACAACAAAGAGAUCUAGGGCAUCAUUUCCAGGUACACAGUCUCCACACUGCCAGGUAGAAGGAUGCAAUCUUGAUCUCAAGUCAGCUAAAGAUUACCAUCGCAGGCAUAGAAUCUGUGAAAAACAUUCCAAAAGCCCUAAGGUCAUUGUUGCUGGCAUGGAACGCCGGUUUUGCCAACAGUGCAGCAGGUUCCAUGAAUUGUCAGAGUUUGAUGACAAGAAGCGAAGCUGUCGUAAACGUCUUUCUGAUCACAAUGCAAGGCGGCGUAGGCCACAACCUGAGGCCAUCCGGGUCAAUACAGCAAGGGGGUCAUCGUCAUUUUAUGGUGCUUACUUCAAUUUCAAAGAUGGUAGACAGCAGAUGAAUGUUGUAUUGAAUAGAUUGCCUUUCCUGGCAGAAAAUUCAACCUGGCAAAGCGAGUGCAGCUUUAAGGUCACUCAUGCUGGAGAUUUUUUAAUUAGGCCUGCAAAAGCAGGGGGCAUCCAUAGGCAGCUUAACUACCCCUCCAAUGAAGUGCCAGAUGCAACUUCAACAAUACAAACAGACUCAAAUAAAAUUCUAUCUUUUGAGAGCAGUACACCCCGGGCCUUUAGUCAAGGUUUCGGGGGGUCUGCAUUAACUAACGUGGAGGUAGCACCAGAUAUUCGGCGUGCUCUCUCUCUUCUGUCAACCACUCCCUGGUGCUUGAAUGAGCAGGAAUCCACCUCUCUGGAUCAGCUGAUGCUUGCAAACCAAACAAGCAUGACCCAGCCAAUGAUGAAUGCUGAACUUCAAAAUUGGCCAGUUGCUUCGUCAGAAAAUGCAAGGAUGGAACAGCCACCUCUUGAAUCUCGGGUGCAUUCUUUGGAUAUACAUGACAAUGGAAACAUCUCUUUGCAAGAGUUUCAGCUGCUCAAAGCACCUUAUGCUGCCAGCUGCUUUUAUUCCAAUCAAUUCAGCUGA